AUGACCGAAAUAUCAUUAUCAACAGUGGUGAAGCCUGCAAAAUCCCGUACGAAGACAUUUACGGGUUGUUGGACCUGUAGGGCCCGCAGAGUCAAGUGCGACGAUGAAAAGCCCCACUGCCGUCGUUGUAGGCGCAGUGGUUGGCAGUGUCAGGGGUAUGGCGUGCGCCUGGGAUGGUCCCAAACACCAGGGAUUCGGUCCCAUCGCCGCCAAUUGUGGUCCUCCAUCCCGCAAUCCACUCACGACUUGUCUUCAGCCGCCGUGACAUCUCUUCUAGCGGAGCUGGAUGGAUGCUCCGGCGACGGCAGUGCCCAGCAACGCGGCCCUUUCUCGGUGUUCUCCGCAUCUAGUCCUGCAUCCGAAGAUCCAACACCUUUGCACACUAUUGACUCUAGAGUGAUUUCUUCUCCGUUCGCAGAUGAUGGGGAGGGGCCAUUGGAGCAAUUAUUCUCAGAGCCACUUGAUCUUGCCCCAUCGACGUCGAGCUCUGUGGAUGAGAGUGAAAAUUCCUCACACAUUGGCAUUGGAAGUUUACCUUCCAUCGCACAUACUUCUUUGAUAAGGGAUAUCGAGAAAUCUACCUCAUCAGCCCUAUCUGGGGGCAUCCUACAGGCCGAGCAUGGCAUCACUCACAAACCAGGUUGUACUAGGCACGGAAAUUUGGACCGUGCCCAACUCACAAACCUACCAAAUAACUCCUCGAAGUCUAUACCAACUAUUCUCCCGCCCAUCGCAUCAAUUGGCCCAUUACAGCUCCCAAGACCAGAGACUGAACUGGUGCAUCAUUGGGUCGUAUUUCUGAGUGGCAAUAUGCUUUUGAUCGACACACCCGAUAAUCCCUGUCGUACGAUAUUUAUGCCAUUAGCUUUGAAAGGCCUUGAAACCCCUGCGACAGAAUCUAAUAUACAUUUAUCGAUAUUCCACGCGAUCUGUGCGUCGUCAGCCUUCAGCCUCUACCAUCUCCGUCGCGAUCCUCGAUACCAGUCCAUAGCUAUGCACCACGAUCAACUUGCUUUGCGCCAUUUAAGAGAAAAUUUACAGCGAGCAAAGCGCCUAGAUGAACCAGCUCUCGCUGCCGUUCUGUCAUGUAUCACGGCGGAGGCAAUGUCUGGGAGGCGAACUCGAUGGAGAGCUCAUGUGGCUGGCGGACUUGGUCUUUUGGAAAAUGAAAUACAUGGUGGUUGGAUACGGGGCCCUACAGCAUCUCGAUUGCUUCAGAGCUAUCUUUCUCUGUCAUCACUUUGCAGCUUGCCGAUGUCCCCAGAGUUAAUGUCGCUUCUUGGCGGACGAUCCGAACUACGACAUUAUCUGGAACGUUCUCAUGGUAUCACGACACCAUUGGUUCAAUUUCUGGUGCAGAUCACAGCAAUAGUGGAUUCGAAUACCGAUGUGUCGACAGAAGAACUGGAUAGUCUUGAGCUGCAGCUUUAUCUCAACUUUCCUUGUUUAUCUACGCCAGAUGCGCCGGGAUCUAAUAUUAUCCAGCAUGCUCUUAACUCGUUUUACUAUGCGUCUAUCAUUUUCUUCCGUCGGACUUUACGCCGUGCUCCACUAUGCGACGUCCAGGAGUUGGUUGAAAAAGCAAUCCAAGAGCUUGAGGCAGUCGAUACUUUAACUCGCGAUCAAAAAGGUGGCAGCGCUUAUAAUUGGUCCACUUUUGUUGUGGCUGCGGAGUGCCAGCGACCAAAUUUACAGGCGAGGAUGAUGGCUAGCUUCGACCGGAAAAGCCGGCACGGAAUCCAGAACAUCAACGUUCUAUGCGAAAUUGUCAAGGCACUUUGGCAUCGACGAGAGAAUGCCGGGCUUGGAAUUGACAUACCAUGGCAGGAAAUCGCCAAGGAGGCGGACUUUGACAUCAUGCUUGUUUGA